UUUGGUAUUCGGCCAUUGACGUCGCUAGUCUGUAGGUCUUAGCGGCUAGUCAGCAGAGCCGCUGCGGUGAAGGAGCGCCGGUGCUGUUGGGUUUAUCCUCCACCCCAGUCUGACAUUAAAGGGAUUGAAAUAUAUUUAGGAUCUUUAGGAGGUUGGUCCUGUCAUCAAUCCUCCUGUAAAUAAUGGCUGAACCAGAACUUCUGUUGGACUCCAACAUCCGCCUGUGGGUUGUGCUGCCCAUUGUGUUCAUCACGUUUCUCGUCGGGGUCAUUCGACAUUACGUCUCGAUCUUGUUACAGAGUGACAAGAAACUCACGCUGGAGCAGGUUUCAGACAGCCAGGUUCUCAUCAGGAGCAGAAUAUUAAGAGAAAAUGGAAAAUACAUCCCUAAACAGUCUUUCCUGAUGAGAAAGUUUUACUUCAAUAACCCAGAUGAUGGUUUCUUUAAAAAGACAAAAAGAAAAGUAGUGCCUCCUUCCCCAAUGACCGACCCCAGCAUGCUGACAGACAUGAUGAAAGGCAAUGUUACAAAUGUUCUUCCCAUGAUUCUUAUUGGUGGCUGGAUCAACUGGACCUUUUCUGGGUUUGUCACAACUAAGGUACCAUUCCCUCUCACACUCCGUUUCAAGCCCAUGUUACAGCAAGGGAUAGAGUUACUUUCGCUUGAUGCAUCCUGGGUUAGCUCAGCAUCCUGGUAUUUCCUGAAUGUCUUUGGACUGAGAAGCAUGUAUUCUUUGAUUCUUGGACAGGACAAUGGUGCAGAUCAGUCUCGCAUCAUGCAGGACCAGAUUAGUGGUGCUGCUAUGGCAAUGCCUGCAGACACAAACAAAGCAUUCAAGGCAGAAUGGGAGGCACUAGAGUUGACAGAUCAUCAGUGGGCAUUAGACAGUGUGGAGGAGGAUCUGAUGUGCAAGGACUUGGAUCUUUCUGGCAUGUUCAGCAAAGAAUUGCCAACAGGAAUUUUCUGAAGGCAUUAAAGGACAUCAUCUUAAAAUGAAAUCUUGGGUAAAUUGUGUGGGAUCGGUUUGGAACUAAUGGGACACAUCAUGGUUAUUUAUACUUAGAGAAGAUGCAUAAACUUUACUGCAGACAUAUCGAAGUGUGCAUUUACUGUUCCUGCUAAAUUUCUCUUGGUAUAUCAUAAAAAAAAAAAACAUUGACACUAAAGAAAUGAUUUGAAAUUAAUCUUCAUUUUAAUAUAUUACUUUACUUUUUAAAAUAUUGUAGGACCUAUAGAAUAGCUUAUGGCCUCGGGUGUGCACUAUUAACCUACUUUCAUUAGUCACCAACACCGAUAUCAUGUCCUAUCUAUUAAUUCAGUUUAAUCUCAUACCCUGGCAUCUUCACAUAGCACCAUUUCCUAAUCAACAUUGUAUGUGUUGUGCUUUUGAUUUAUUUUAUUUGACCAAAUCUUUAAACGGACCACAGACGAUUCAAAUUUAAAGAAGCAACAAUUCGAUGGAAAUUCGAAAAACGGACCAAUUGCAGUUUAGUCGUGUUAAAAGCCGAACUCUUCUUCUCAUCCAUUAUGAGCGUCGGUGUUGAGCUAGUUUUGCUGAUUUCCUGAUUACAUUUCUACCCCCUGAUCGUUUUCACUUGGGUUUGAUCAGAAAAUUGCUCUGUUCCACGAGAAGACCUGUUGUAGAUUUCCUUUACAUUGGUACCUGGUAGAAUUUUUAACAAAUGUUAAAUUCUUGUUAAAUCACUGUUUUGCUUACUUUUGUUUUGUUUUUUUAUUGUUAUUUAUUUGUUUUUAUAACAUUUUUAUGUUUGUAAGGUGUCACCAUUAUGUACUUGCAAAAAGUGUUCCUACAUAAUAGAACUCAUUUUCUAAAGCAA